AAGCACACAGACGACCUUGGACUGAUGCUUAGCCAAGUUCGGAUUAUACCACAAAACACUGAGGUGUCAAAGUACGUUAUGUUAAGUGAUUAAUAUCAGAGAUACCAUAGUGUAAAGGCAAUGUAGCGAAUAUACAUUGAUUUUAGACAGGGAACUUUUUCAGCUAUCACAUCCACUAUCUACAACAGGUGGUUUGGGAUGUUCACCCCCAACUCGAUGUGGACGGUCAUUGGGACUUCUUACUGCACAUGCUCUUACGUGCUACAAACCAUUCAGUUCCUCAAACGGUUCCGAAAAGCUGAGAGCCACCUACAAUAAUCAAGAACCGUACCCUUUGUCUGCUAAGCCGCAAAAGGCGCUGUUGGGCGGAAUAAAAACGAACUGACAAUGACGGAGCGUACAGGCAAUACAAACAUAUAAGGAACAUAUGCACGAAGGCUAUAAGAGAAGACAGGCUUCAGUACCAGAUAAAGCUUAUGGAUAAAUUUGUCUCUAAUCUGAAAAGCUUAUUUCGUUAUGCAGCCUCCUCGUCAAGCCAAAACUGGAGUUUCCCAACUGCUAGGUCCUAAUGGCCCGACCAACAACGAUGGCGACGCCGCCAACCUUCUGGCUGAACACUACUUCCAGAUAUUUCAACCGACCGACAUCAACUUUACUGACGACAGUUUCAUCUGCAAUUCAACAGGACUUUCCGAAGUGAACUUAAGCGCUGACUUGGUGUUCCGGAAACUGCACGCCGCUUAGCGUGAUGUUCUCACACUCGCUAAGUCGAGGAAAACUACCGGAAAAAUGGAAACUGGCUCACAUCACACCAAUUUUCCAAGGAGGUCGACGCAGCGAACCUUCAAGUUACUGACCGAUGUCUCUUCUCUCAGUACCUUCAAAAAUCAUAGAGUCCCUAAUAUGCGAAUGUAUAAAUGACUAUUUACUGUCCUUAAAUUUCUUCUCACCCCAACAGCAUGGUUUCAGGAAGGGUUACUCUUGUAUUACCAACCUGCUGACUGCGGUGGACAGAUGGACAAGCAGGGGAAGGUUGAUAUCAUCUACCUAGAUUUCUCAAAAGCUUUUGGUAAGGUUAACCAUACAUGUCUUAUCAACAAGCUCAAACGAUUGGGUAUCAGACCACCUCUAAUCGAUUGGCUCACUUCAUACCUGAGAAAUCUACCCUUUAAGGUCGGGGUUAAUUUCACUUUAUCUCAGGCUAUGGAAUGUCCUAGUGGGGUCCCCUAGGGCUCUUCUUGAUCUACAUAAAUGAUCUUCCUCAACAGAUAACGUCAGACUUAUUACUUUUUGCCGACGACGUAAAAAUUUGGAGAGAGAUACGUAACCAAGACGAUAUACAGGCACUUCAGGAGGAUCUGACAGCUUCAAAGUGUAAAGUAGUCCAUCUGCGACAUGUUGCAGACUACGGUUAUAACUUAAGAAACUCCCCUUUAGUAAUAUCCCGAGUCGAAAAAGAUCUAGGAGUCCUGGUGCCCUACGAUUCAAAGUCUUACGCUAACUGUGACAAAAAUGCCUUUCACUGAUAACACUGCAGCGCAUUCUGGUCAGUUUGACGGAAGAACUUUUAAUAUAAUCUUCAAUAGUUUUAUCCGUCCCCAUUUAGAGUACGGAAACAUAGUAUUUCCCCCUCACUCCAAAAGGAUAAGGACACCCUGGAGUGUAUCCAACGGCGAGCCACGAAAUCAGUCCGAGGACUCAAAUUUAAACCUUACGAAGAGCGCCUCCAUUCACUUGACCUUUACCCAUUAGAGUAUAGACGUCUUCGAGGUGACCUGGUGGCUUAUAGCAUCCUUAACACUUCUGGACAUCCUCUCAAACACCUACUUAAGCUUAGUUCGAACACUAACCUAAGAGGUAACACCCAAAAACUGGAGACAAUAUGGUAGAACGGACUGUAGACACAACUUCUACUCCUUAAGAGUUGUCAAAUUCUGGAAUUCGCUGCCGGCCGAGCUAGUCCAAGCGACUUCUCAGGAGUUCUUUAAGAGGCAACUUGAUCUAUUCUUAAGGAUUAAGGAUAGUAUCACACUAUGAUUUACUAAUUUCUUUUCCUCUUUUAUUGUUAACAUACCUAGGUUCCUGCCUGGAGGAUUUGGUGAUCCCUUGCUACUAGACACGGAAGCCUGUUAAGCGAAAGCUUCUUCUAUUCUGUCCACAACCAUUUGAACCAUUUGAACUUUCGUCUGAAUCCAGGACUUUGACAUUAUAAGAUGAUUUUCAUAUUGAUUUGUAACCCGAAUAUCCGCUUGUAUUGAGGUGUUAGGAUGUGUUUUUAGACGACAAUAGCUGCAGACAAUUGACUGAAUAAGGCAACGCUUGUUUACUUUUAGUACGUAUAUGUAUGUUUCUGAACCUGUUAUUGUCGUGCGUUAACUUGGGCAUGAUGGAUUUGUUAGCUUUCAAACGGAUAUUUGUUUCAAGUUUUUAGAAGCUAAUUGAGUGAUAAUAAGUUGUUUGAUUGCAAUAAUGAUUGUUCGUACUGAUUCUAUGUAGCCCUCAGGUUGGUGGAUGCAUGACUGCGAAAUAUUUGUUUAGUCCAUAACUUUGUUGCUGUAAGGAACUGAAGGUUUGUUUAUUGUCUUUUCUAAUACAAAUUGGAACGUAAUGUAGGGAUGCAUUUGAGUUUCACACUAAACAUUUGCGUUUGUUUUCUAAUAAUUUUGUCUGCGUUACAUAUUACGCAGAUAAAUGUUUGAAAAGAAAAGUUCAUUAACAUCUCAUAAUGUCUCUUUUUAUCAUUUAGGACCACUACAUACGUGUAGAAAAUGUCCCAUAACUGGCUAGUUUAACGAUUUUGAAUGCCCAUUUCUGAUUCUACAUUUUGUGUCAAUUCCCAACACAAACUUUUAACUGUUUACACAGAUUCAGCUCCGAAUUCUCUCUCAGAACUUAAUUGUCCUAAUGUAUUGGACUCAAUUGGUGCCUUUGACCAUGAAGGUAAAAGUAGUCGCAUCUCUAAUUCGGAAGCUGUUGGUAAUUCUUUCGUCACUUUUGAGGUUUCUGAGACCGAAACAUGUGCAAGCAAUUUAUCAGACGACUUUCAAACAGUUCCAGAAUAUUCAUUGCAUAAUGAGGUUUACGUACCAGCAACGUUUCCUAGUACGUUGUGUCGUUAUACAGAUCAGAUAAACACAGAUAAUUAUGGAGAUAUUGUUACUCAGAAUUUGUUAUGGCUAGCUGAGGAAGCUGUACAUGCACCUCUUGAUGUUAUGACGGAAAUUCCCCAGGAUACAAACCUCAUGUCUAAUGUGCACCCGAAUUAUAAAGCAGAUAGUAUUUUAGAAAGUCAUCUUUAUGUCACCCUUCCACCUCAUUCAGAAAUCCUCGGAGCUUCACAACCAUAUUACAGCUUCCAGGAAGAAAACACUACUGAUAAUGGACAGAGUUCUCAGCAGAUCCAUAUGUAUGUCGAUAACACAGCCCAAACCUUUUCAUCAGAAUUGGAAGUAACUUCAGAUUUAGUUCAUGUAAGCGGUUUCACCAGUGAGUCAAAAGACAACACAAUGUCGUGGCCAAACUCUUCUAGUGAAAGCUAUUCCUAUAAUUCUCACUACUUCAAAGGUGUUCCCAAUUUUUCCAUGAACUCAUCUCUAUGUAUUCAUACCGUGGAACCACACGGAGCCAGUGGAGAAAGUUACGUGAAUGGUUUUACUGUAUACCAAGGCCCUUCGAGCUCCGAUGAACUACUUGAUCAGACUUUUGAAUAUCCAGUCUGUGAUUUCUUUCCCACGGACGGUCAUAGUUAUACUUCCUACGACCAUUCUAAACCAUCUUACUAUAAUUCUUUUUCCGAAGGAUUUAGUAGCGCCAUAGUUUAUCCAGAUUGUGAUCCAAACGGUUAUGAAAGUGAACAGCAUGAUAGUAUAGUCGUCUCCAGCUUUCCAGACUCGUUGGUCACACAAGGUAAUACCUAUGUUUCCGCGUAUUUAAUUCCUGAUCAAAAUUGCGAUUUUCGUUUAAAGCAGUCAAACAGCUAUCCGGAUUCUACGGUACACGUUCCUUUCUGUACAGCAUAUGAAACAAAUGCAAAUAGUUUUCAAUACAGUAACUCAGUCCAGUGUACACAUGCAUUUGAAUUGCCUUCGGCAACAUUUUUGACCGAUACAGAUCAGCAAUCAGCACGUAAUGCUUCUUCUGUAUACACACCAGCCAUGGUUUACCCUUGCAGUAAUACAAAGUCGGAAUCGCUUCCUAACAACACGGAGUAUUCAUCUGUGGAAAAUGUCCCAGCCAAGUGUGUACCAGUGAUUCCCCCUAUCAUUUCUGAUAAUAAUAACACAGUCUCCAAAAAAUCGAAGUGGAUUUGUACUCAUUGUUCUUUGAGUUUUACACGUCCAAGUCACUUGGUAGAUCAUUUGCGUAUUCACACCGGUGAAAGACCUUACAAGUGUAUUUUAUGUGGACGUCAAUUCACUCAAGCUUCUAACCUUCGCCGACAUCUCUCAAGUCACAGAGCCUGGCCACCAGUGUCAUUUGUAACUGCUGCUGCAUCUAAUGGGCACCAAAAUUCUGAAAUAGUUCCAAAAAACACUGAAGUGGUGACUAACUCUACUUCAUGUCGCCAUGUUUCUCCUAAAAUUUGGAUCUGUCGGUUUUGUGACCAACGAUUUGAAACAUACAUACAACUUCGGGCUCAUAUUGUACAUCAUAAAGACAAGCAGGUUUAUGCAUGUGUAUUUUCUGAUUGUAACUCCUCUUUUUCAUCACCAAACAGUUUAUUAAAUCAUUUGUUAGAAAAACAUCGAGUUAACAGGAGUGACAAACUUGCAUGUCAGACUUGCGACCAAAACUUUCACGAUUUCUUGCAUCUUGUUAGACACUUGUUGCCUCGACGUAAUGGAUCUAACUCCGGUUGUCCUAUGCUGUAUAUUAGAUCAAGAAAAAAGGAAAGUAAAUUGGUGAAGAGAAAUCGUAAAUUUAUUUCACACCAUAGGUCUACUAAUGCACAGGAUGUAGAACGAAGUUCAAAGUCGUCAGCUGAAUACUCCAGUACUGCUAAUUAUUUGGAUCCGACAUUCCGUAUACUUCCUUUACAAAGUUUCAAAAAAGAUGAUUCAUUAUUUGGUUUCAAGUGCCCGUUUUGUGUGAAAAUUUGCAAAAGUCUUAAACAUAUCCAUACACACUUGUCUGAAAGACAUUCAAGCCAAAUGAAUCUUUCAGUAUUCAAAUCUGCCUUGUCCAACAAGACUACGAAUGAUGACACUAAUAAUACUGUUUCCCUGCCGCGUAAUGCAGAUUCGUCUUUCAGUGGUGGUGAAUCUUCUAAAACAGCCUUAUUUCUUCUUCAACUAGAAGAGUGUAUGCUAUCUCAAGGAAAUCACCUAGAACCUAACAAGAAUGCUUCACCUAAAAUAUUUGUAUGCAGAUUUUGUGGCAAAAGCUUUCAAAAACAGAAGUUUUUCAGUGACCACGAGUUGAUGUGUCAACAGUCAAUUCAAGAACGAGCACGUCGAAUUCGUCUUAGAGCCAAUAAACGACAGAAGUUUUUCGUUUCACAGAAAACUAAUACUGAAUUGGAUAUGAAUUUAUGCACUGAUAUUACUCCUCCAAAUCAAGAUUUCGUCCUUUGUAAUUCAGAGGAUUCAGUUUCAGCGCUUAGAAGAUCCACACGUAAUAGAACAUUUCAUACAUUUUGGAAACCUAAACCAACUCGUCGAAAGCGUAAUUUUGAAUCCGUCUGCUGAUUAAAUAUAAACAGGCUCAGUUCUAAAAUAAAUUUUCAGGUAUUAAAUUAUAAAAUAUAUUCAUACUCUUUACCUCUCUGCACAGACAACAUUUAUUUAUUGAUUUUGUUAGGAUAUGGAUAUUUGAUAAUCUAGCGCUUUAUGUACACAAUACUUACUCCAUUGAAUCUGGUUUGUAUAGAUUCUACUAUUUU